UGGCUGCUUAAAGAGAAGCAGAAGAAGAAGAGAGGGGAGACCCCUGUCCCCUGGGCCUGGAGAUGCACUAGUUUUCCAGAGGACAAAUGAGAUGUCAUCAGAAACCAUUUUCCUCUCUGAUAUGGAUUCAGCCUGCAGCUCCUGAUGCUAACUAAGCUGAGAGCACUGUGAGGACAAGACGCUGGUGGAGUUUAAACAGUUGCCAGAGGACAGGUAGAUAGACUGGCAGACAAACACUGAGUGAAGGAUGGAGAAAGCAGCACAGGGCGGAGACAAGCUGAUCAGCCAGCAGGCUCUGUGUGAGCCUGAUGAGCAGAGCAGGAAACGCCCCAUCUCCACUCUCAAAUUGUUUAUUGUGGCGAUGUCCUUCGCCUGCUUCUCCAAGGCACUGACUGGAACCUACAUGAAGAGCUCCAUCACUCAGAUUGAGAGACGUUUCGACCUCUCCAGCACUCAUGUAGGACUCAUAGAUGGCAGUUUUGAGAUGGGCAACUUGCUGUUUCUCGCUGCUGUUAGCUAUUUUGGGGCCAAGCUACAUCGCCCCAGAUUCAUUGCUGUGGGCUGUUUCCUCAUGGCUUUAGGGGCCUUUCUCACCGGCCUGACACACUUCUUCAUGGGACGCUACAAGUACAACACAGUCAUUCAGGUUUUCCAGAAUCACAGUGUGAACAUCGCCGCCUGUGCGGAUCCACUGAGAACAGAAGUACCUGAAAUUGAGAUUGAGCCCUCUGUGGAACACAACAAAUCCUGUGUGAGAGAGUCUGGUUCCAACAUGUGGAUCUAUGUGUUCCUGGGGAACACUCUGCGGGGGAUUGGAGAAACCCCUGUCACACCUCUGGGCAUCUCGUACAUUGACGACUUCGCUAAAGCGGAAAACUCACCCUUCUAUAUAGCUUGUCUCCAGACCAUCACACUCCUGGGCCCUAUGUUUGGUUUCCUUUUGGGCUCCUAUUGUGCCAAAAUAUAUGUUGAUAUUGGAUUUGUUGAUAUUGAAGGUGUGACCAUCACUCCUACAGACGCCCGCUGGGUGGGCGCCUGGUGGAUGGGCUUCAUGGUGUCCUCCGCCCUCCUGCUCAUCUCCAGCAUUCCUUUCUGGUUCCUGCCCCGCACGCUGCCAAAGCAGGAGGGAGACGAGGGCAAGCCCACCCCCGCCAUCUCACAGACCCUCGAUGGGAUAGAGGACGCCCUCAACAACAAUCAAAACCUUAAGCUGAGUGACAUCGCUAAAGGCUUUCUCCCCUCGCUGAAGCGUCUGUUGGGAACUCCUGCCUACUUCCUGCUCCUUUGUGGGACCAUCCUGAAGUUCAACUCUUUCAUCGGCCUGAUUACCUUCAAAGCCAAAUACAUGGAACAACAGUUUGGACAGUCCGCCUCCAGAGCCAACUUCCUCAUAGGUGUGUUGAACCUGCCAGCGGUGGCGGUGGGGAUCUUUCUGGGAGGGCUGCUGAUGAAGAGGUAUAAACUGAGUUUGGUGUCAGGAGCACAGCUCUCCUUUGCCACAUCCUUCAUGGCAUACCUCCUCCUGCUGCUGAAGUUUGGCACCAAGUGUGAUAACGUUCCCAUGGCUGGGCUCACCAUCUCGUACAACGGGACGCAGAGUAUAUCAUCCGACAGGAAUACGCUCUUUGCAGAGUGUAACAGAGAUUGUGCGUGUUCAGCAGAGGAGUGGGAGCCCGUGUGCUCAGACAGCGGCAUCACCUACAUCUCUCCGUGUAUGGCUGGCUGCAUCAGCUCCACUGGACACGGCAAGAACACGGUGUUUCACAACUGCAGCUGUGUGUCCGCCUCCUUCCCAGCAGGCAGCAGUACGUCCGUGCGGCUGGGCCAGUGUCCUCAUGCCAAGGACUGUAGCCGCAGUUUCACCUCCUACAUGGCUGUAUCUGUUCUCAGCUCCUUCAUCAACGCUCUGGGAGCCACGCCUGGCUACAUGGUCAUCAUACGAUGCAUCUCACCAGAGCUUAAAUCUCUUGCGCUGGGUAUCCAGGCCUUGGCAACUAGGACCCUUGGUGGACUGCCUGCACCAGUGUACUUUGGAGCCCUGAUCGAUUCAACUUGCCUGAAGUGGUCAAUCAAAAAGUGCGGGGGCCGGGGAGCAUGCCGCUUUUAUGACUCUGAUAUGUACAGGAUCAUCUUCCUGAGCCUAAUUACCUGUCUCAGUGGUUCUUCCUAUUUCUUCAUCAUUGCCGUCAUCGUCCUCCUCAGACGACAGUUUCGAAAACCACAGCGGGAAACAGACAUGCAGAUCACAAAAGCUGGACUACAGAACCCGUCGAAUCCUAGCGCUCCUAAAGCUUCCAGACCUCCUUAUGUUCCCAGAGGUCGGGUAAUGACCAGAUCCAAACUGAAGGAGGGAGGAGAGAUUCCAAGAACGGAGCAGCUCCCCAAAGACAGCAGCUCCACGAAUAACACCCAGGAGAAGCAACAGCUCAAAUCCCUGACAGAAACCACUGUUGAAUUAAAUCCUCUAAUACGUGAAGAAGCAAAGAUAGAGAUGGAUGAGCUGAAGUCAGAGGAGGUGAAAGAGGGAAAAGACGAGGUUUGCAAAGAGACGAAUGCUCAGGUGGAAAAAGAGGACCGUCUCUCAGAUGUUAAAGAGUUAGAGAAAGAAACGACACACAGCAAAGAAACUGACGGCCCACAAAACUGAGUGUUCGCUCGCGUGGUCUCAAACAGGUGGGGACCAUUCUAGACAUGUUACUGUGUUUGACCAAAAGUCAUUUACUGUCAAGAGGGAUUGUGUCUUCAUCUGGGAUAUAGUAUUCCUCAGGCUAACACUAUCCCCCCUCUUUUAUUACAGUAUAGAGCUGUUACCUUACACAUAGUCCUGAAGAGGAAAUGGAAUAACAGUGAUCCCAUUUUCACAGCCGUAUAGAAACGUAGUAUAGCAUUUAGUACAAAACUGGAAAUGCACUGAAUUUUCACGUCGACCAACAAUUCAAAAUAAAGACUCAUGUAUGCACAUGAUUACACAACAGCCCUGCAAGGCCCAAAACAUUAUAGAAUAAUCUUAUUGUUCAAAUUG